CACCUCGGGAUGUCACAGCAGAAGAUGUCGGCUGCUGACACAGCAGGAAGUUUGGGCUCAGGUGCAGAGUUUGACGCAUAAAGCUUCAACUGCUUUGGCCGUGAUCUUGGAUUCUGCCACAACCAAAGGUUGCCCGCACACUCAAAAGGAAACUUAACUUAAUCAGGUGUAUAAGGCCAAGAUGGAGUCCAUUAACCAAAACAAUGAGAUGAACACUAAAUUCCAUGGACCCUUGGCGGGUAUUUAUCUGGAGGCGACCAAGGAAAAAAUCACUAUAUACCAAGCCAUGAAAAAACGCCUGCUCAAACCAGGAACAGCAUUGGCCCUACUUGAAGCACAAGCGGCCACUGUGGGCAUCAUUGACCCGGUGAACAACCGAAUACUUCCUGUGGCGGACGCAGUCAAAGAGGAGCUCCUAGGACCCGAGAUGAGGGAGAAGCUCCUCAUGGCAGAAAAAGCUGUCACUGGCUACAUGGACCCUUACACUAACGGAACCAUAUCUGUGUUCCAAGCUAUGCAGAAAGAUUUAGUGCCCAGAGAUUACGGCUUGAGGCUCCUGGAAGCACAGCUAGCCACUAAAGGCCUGUUUGAUCCCGUUGCGAAGACACAUCUUCCGGUUGACUCAGCCAUCCAGAAAGGCUAUUAUCAAAAAGGUCUGCUGGAUGACCAGAUGUCUGAGUUGAAGGUGUUCUACAAUCCAAGCACACAAGAACACAUCAACUAUAAAAACCUCCUGGAGAAAUGCAUCGUGGAACCUGACACGGGCCUGCUACUUCUACCUGUCUUCAUCACCUUCAAAGGUCUGAGACGAGGCAUUUCCUCCACACAACUUCUCGAGUCCAAGAUCAUUGACAAAGACAUUUAUGAUGAUCUGCAGAAGGGAAAGACUACAACCCAACAUGUGAUGCUGAUAGAGAGGGUGAGGGAAUACCUUGAAGGUAAAGGAAGCAUUGCGGGCAUCGCAAUACUCUCCACCAGUCAGAGAAUGACCAUUUAUGAAGCCAUGAAGAACCAUAUAGUGAUGCCUGGAACAGCACUAGUUCUACUGGAGGCACAAGCCGCAACUGGAUUCAUGAUUGAUCCCGUAGAAAAUAAAAAAUUUACAGUGGACCAGGCUGUAAAAAACAAACUCAUUGGCCCAGAAUAUUACGCUAAGCUCCGCUCCGCUGAACGAGCGGUAACUGGUUACAAAGACCCAUACACAGGAGAAACUAUUUCCCUGUUUCAAGCUCUUUCAAAGGAUCUCAUCGUUAAGGAACACGGGAUCCGCCUACUUGAGGCACAAAUCGCCACCGGUGGAAUAAUCGACCCAAUCAACAGCCACAGACUUCCCAUAGAGGUGGCCUUCAAAAGAGGCUACUUCGAUGAAGAAAUGAACAACAUACUGGAGGAUUCAGGAGAUGACACAAAAGGAUUCUUUGACCCAAACACAGAGGAGAACCUAACUUAUCUUCAGCUGAUAGAGAGGUGUGUCAUUGAUCCUGUCACUGGACUGUGCCUCCUCCCUCUUCGAGACAAAUCAGAUGGAUUCAAUUUCAGCUUCAUUGACUACCAAACUAAGAUGGUCUUGAAAAAAAAGAAGGUGAGCGUGAUAUGUGGCAAGUACAUGGGGAUGACUGUAUCACUGUGGGAACUUCUGAUGUCAGAGUACUUUAAUGAAGAACAGAGGAAGGACAUCAUACGGAAGUAUAUUCAGGGGAAGCUCACUAUCGAGAUGAUUGUCACAACUGUUUUGGAAAUCAUAGAGACGUCUGUUAAAACAACUAAGGUUGUCUUUGAAGGCAUCAGAGAAACUGUCACAGCCAAACAGCUGGUCGAGGCUGAUAUCAUUAGCCAAGAGGUCCUAGAUGAUCUGAAAAAAGGAAAGAAGUCUGUCAAGGAAGUUGUAGAGGAUCAAAACAUAAGUGUGUACCUUCAAGGGAAAGACAGCAUUGCUGGUGUUCUUCUUCCUGACUCCCAAAUCCUGACUAUCUACCAGGCCAGACAGAAGGGGAAAUUAAUGCCGGGAACAGCUCUGGUUUUACUCGAGGCACAGGCAGCAACAGGGUUCAUCAUUGAUCCCACUGGAAACAGAAAGUUUUCCGUGGAUGAUGCAGUCAAAGCCAAGGUUGUUGGCCCUGAUGUGUGCCAAAAGCUGCGCUCUGCAGAGAAGGCGGUGACAGGCUACAAAGACCCGUAUGAUGGCAAAACAAUCUCUUUGUUCCAAGCCAUGCAAAAAGACCUCAUCCUAACAGAUCAUGGAAUUCGACUGUUGGAGGCACAAAUUGCCACCGGUGGGAUCAUUGAUCCAGUUAACAGCCAUCGCAUUCCAGUCCAAGUGGCUUACAGGAGGGGAUACUUUAAUGAGGAGAUGAAUGAGAUCCUGAGUGAUCCCAGUGAUGACACCAAAGGAUUCUUUGACCCCAACACCCACGAGAAUCUUACGUACUUGCAGCUCAUGUCCAGAUGUGUCACAGACCCCAGCACAGGACUCUGCCUUCUGCCACUCAAAGGCAGAAGUAAUAAAGUCAACAUAGACAAUAACAUUAAGGAGCUAUUCAGAACAACAACUGUUUCAGUCAGGUAUGGCCGAUUCAAGGGCAAGCACACAACCCUCUGGGAUCUUAUCAAUUCAGAGUAUCUGUCCGAGGAAAAAAGACAGGAGUUUUUCAAAAUGUUCAAGUCAAGAAAAAUCACAACUGAGGAAUUGAUUGUGUUUCUUUUAGACAUCAUUGAGAGCAAGGAGAUAAAACAGCAAACAGGGCUGAGCUUCAAAGGCCUGAGGGGAGAGGUUUCCGUGGUGGAUCUUUUGGAGCUUGAAAUAUUGGAUGAAAAAACUUACAGCAGCUUGAUUGAUGGAAAAAUUAGGAGCACCGACCUGUUGAAAAUGGACAGCGUACGAGCCUACUUGCGAGGGACGAGUUGUGUGGCUGGGGUGAUACUGCAGCCCUCCAAUCAGAAGCUAAGCAUCUGGGAUGCACAGAGAACUGCUAUCCUGACACCUGGCACUGCUCUUUGCCUCCUUGAAGCACAAGCAGCAACAGGGUUCAUUGUUGAUCCUCUGGCAAACAAAAAGCUCACAGUGGAACAAGCACUCAGGGAGAAGUUAAUUGGUCCACAGAUGUAUGAAAAGCUUUUAUCAGCAGAGAGGGCUGUCACUGGUUACACUGAUCCAUACACUGGCCAAAAGAUUUCUCUUUUCCAAGCCUUGAAGAAGGAUCUUAUCGUGAAGGAGCAUGGCAUUCGUUUACUUGAAGCCCAAAUUGCCACAGGUGGCAUCAUUGAUCCCUUAAAGUGUCUUCACCUCCCUCUUGAUGUCGCAUAUAGGAAAGGAUAUUUUGAUGAAGAGCUUAAUCAAAUUUUGUUGGACCCGACUGAUGACACAAAAGGAUUUUUUGACCCAAAUACCAAAGAGAAUCUGACAUACUUGGAAAUGUUAGGUAGAUGUGUAAAAGAUAACGAAACAGGGUUGUUCCUCUUACCAAUGACUGGCACACCAGAAGCUUCGAAGAUAAAUGUGAAGUCGUACACUGACAGACAAAUUAAACAAGAGUUUGAUGAGACAACUGUGAGCAUAUCAGUAGGACGCUUUGCGGGAAAAUCUGUUUCUCUUUGGGACUUGCUCCACUCUGGCUAUUUCACUCAAGACCAGCGUCUUGAAAUGAUUGAAACAUUUCGAGCAAGAAAGGUUAGCAUCCACAACAUAAUCACAAUCGUCAUAUCAAUGAUUGAGAAAUUGGUGAAGAGUGAAACUCCCCAAAUUAUCAUGGGCCUGAGAAAGCCUGUGUCUGCCAAACAGCUGCUGGAUUCUGGCAUUCUUAACGCUGAUACAUUCAAACAGAUCGACGAAGAGAAAUUGACUCUUGAAGAAGUUGCCCAGCGUGAGCGUGUGAGACGAUACCUGAAUGGAACCACAAGCAUUGCUGGGGUUAGAAUGUAUCCAUCCCAAACAGUUUUGAGCAUAUAUGCCGCACAAAGGGACGGUGUGUUGACUCAUGGCAUUGCACUUUUGCUUCUUGAAGCACAGGCAUCAACGGGAUGGGUCAUUGAUCCUCUCAAGAACAAGUUCUACACUGUUGACCAAGCUGCACGAGAGGAAGUAAUUGGACCAGAUGUACAUCAGCAGCUUCUGUUAGCUGAACGAGCUGUCACUGGCUAUAAAGAUCCCUACACCGAAGCAACAAUAUCAUUAUAUGAGGCUAUGAAUGAACAGCUGAUUCAAAGGAGUGAUGGCAUUCGUCUUCUUGAAACACAAAUAGCAACAGGUGGAAUCAUAGACCCAAAUAUGAGCACAAGGCUACCUGUUAAUGUGGCAGUCAAAAAGAGGCUUCUGGAUGAUGAACUCAGAAACCUUCUUCUGAGCUCCACUGAGGAAACAAAGGGAUACUUUGACCCAAACACCAAAGAAAAAAUCUCCUACCUGGAGCUAAUGAAGAGAUGUGAAAAUGAUCCAAAAACUGGGCUGCUUCUUCUACCACUGCAAAAAGAGAAAUCCAACAUUCUUCACACAGACGAGCAGAUACAGUUCGAGUUUCAAAACACAACAUUUGUCAUGACUGCCGGGAAAUUCAAAAACCAAAAAGUGACCUUAUGGGAAGUGUUGCUGUCUGAAUUCAUAUCCCAACAGAAAAGGGAGCAGCUCAUACAGCAAUAUAACACUGGAACCAUGACGAUUGAUGAAUUAAUUGAAAUACUCACCGUCAUCAUUACAGAGGUGUCAUCCAAAGAAAGAAAGUUCAAAGGACUGAGGAAGCAGGUUUCAGCAAGUGAGUUGUUUGAGUCCAAGAUCAUCUCAAAGGACCUUUUUACACAAAUCAUACAAGGGGAAGUAACUGAAGAGAAUGUCAACAAAAUGGAAUCCAUACAGAAGUAUCUUGGCGCUACCAACUGCAUAGCUGGUGUCAGAGUUGAGUCUACAAAGAAGAUUAUGAGCAUAUAUGAAGCAAAGACGAGAGGCCUGCUGACCCCUGGUACUUCUCUUGUACUCUUGGAGGCACAAGCUGCCACUGGCUUUGUCAUUGACCCACUGAACAACAAGAAACUGACAGUAGAAGAAGCUGUGGCUCAGGGAGUGGUUGGUAGUGAAUGGAAAAAUAAACUAUUUUCAGCAGAACGGGCAGUCACAGGAUACAGAGACCCCUACACUGGUGAGACGAUCUCCUUAUUCCAGGCAUUGAUUAAGGACCUCAUUGUCAAAGAUCAUGGCAUUCGUCUACUUGAAGCUCAAAUUGCUACAGGAGGCAUCAUUGACCCAGUAUACAGUCACAGAGUGCCAGUGCAGGUGGCGUACCAAAGAGGCUACUUUGACGAGGAAAUGAACCAGAUUCUGUCUGACCCUGAUGACGACACCAAGGGAUUUUUUGAUCCCAACACACAAGAGAACCUCACCUAUCUCCAACUAAUAGAGAGGUGUGUCACAGACCCGAUAACAGGCCUUAACUUACUAUCCAUUGUGAAGAAAGGGGAGUUCUAUUUCUUUGUUGAUGAGGCCACAAAACUCAUUCUGAAAUCAACGACAACCACCAAAGCAGGAGGGAAGUACCAAGGAAUGACAGUGUCGCUGUGGGAUCUGCUCUACUCCAGAUACAUCACUGAGGCUAAGAGGAGAGAGCUGGUUCAGCAGUACAAGUCUGGAGCUAUCACAAUCCACCGCUUUUUGGAGAUCAUCUUGAUGAUUAUUCAGCAGCAGACCACCACCUCAUCAUCAUCAGCCAUCAUAUGUCUGACACCAGAAACAACAGUGGACAGCAGCACUUCAAAAACCACCAUCACCACCACAGUCAGAGAAACCACAGACAUUGAAAACUUCCAUGGAAUUAGGAAGGAUGUCAGUGCGUCAGAGUUGCUUGAAUCAAAAAUCAUUAAUGAAGAUAUCUACAAAGAUCUUAAUGCAGGAAAUAUCACAGCUGAGCAAGUGAGUCAAAUGUACUCUGUCCGCAAGUACUUGGAGGGGACCAACAGCAUUGCAGGAGUGUACUUGCAGUCGACCAAGGAGACCCUGAGCAUCUAUGAAGCCAAAUCCAGAGGCUUGCUGACCCCUGGUACGUCUCUGGUUCUGCUGGAAGCCCAAGCGGCCACUGGCUUUGUCAUUGACCCAGUCAACAACAUCAAACUUUCAGUUGAAGAUGCUGUGGCCCAGGGAGUGGUUGGCAGCGAGUUGAAAAACAAACUGCUCUCAGCAGAACGAGCAGUCACAGGAUACAGAGACCCUUACACUGAGAAAACUAUCUCUUUGUUCCAGGCCCUGAAAAAAGACCUGAUAGUCAAAGAUCAUGGAAUCCGUCUUCUUGAAGCUCAAAUUGCCACAGGAGGCAUCAUUGACCCAGUAUACAGUCACAGAGUGCCAGUGCAGGUGGCUUACGAAAGAGGCUACUUUGACGAGGAAAUGAACCAGAUUCUGUCUGACCCAGAUGAUGACACCAAGGGCUUUUUUGAUCCCAACACACAAGAGAACCUCACCUAUCUCCAACUAAUUGAGAGAUGUAUCACAGACCGCAUCACUGGACUCAGUUUGUUGGUUAUUGUGAAGAAAGGGGAGUUCUAUUUCUUUGUUGAUGAGGCCACAAAAAUCAUUCUGAAAUCAACGACAACCACCAAAGCAGGAGGGAAGUACCAAGGAAUGACAGUGUCGCUGUGGGAUCUGCUCUACUCCAGAUACAUCACUGAGGCUAAGAGGAGAGAGCUGGUUCAGCAGUACAAGUCUGGAGCUAUCGCAAUCCACCGCUUUUUGGAGAUCAUCUUGACGAUUAUUCAGCAGCAGACCACCACCUCAUCAUCAUCAGCCAUCAUAUGUCUGACACCAGAAACAACAGUGGACAGCAGCACUUCAAAAACCACCAUCACCACCACAGUCAGAGAAACCACAGACAUUGAAAACUUCCAUGGAAUUAGGAAGGAUGUCAGUGCGUCAGAGUUGCUUGAAUCAAAAAUCAUUAAUGAAGAUAUCUACAAAGAUCUUAAUGCAGGAAAUAUCACAGCUGAGCAAGUGAGUCAAAUGUACUCUGUCCGCAAGUACUUGGAGGGGACCAACAGCAUUGCAGGAGUGUACUUGCAGUCGACCAAGGAGACCCUGAGCAUCUAUGAAGCCAAAUCCAGAGGCUUGCUGACCCCUGGUACGUCUCUGGUUCUGCUGGAAGCCCAAGCGGCCACUGGCUUUGUCAUUGACCCAGUCAACAACAUCAAACUUUCAGUUGAAGAUGCUGUGGCCCAGGGAGUGGUUGGCAGCGAGUUGAAAAACAAACUGCUCUCAGCAGAACGAGCAGUCACAGGAUACAGAGACCCUUACACUGAGAAAACUAUCUCUUUGUUCCAGGCCCUGAAAAAAGACCUGAUAGUCAAAGAUCAUGGAAUCCGUCUUCUUGAAGCUCAAAUUGCUACAGGAGGCAUCAUUGACCCAGUAUACAGUCACAGAGUGCCAGUGCAGGUGGCUUACGAAAGAGGCUACUUUGACGAGGAAAUGAACCAGAUUCUGUCUGACCCAGAUGAUGACACCAAGGGCUUUUUUGAUCCCAACACACAAGAGAACCUCACCUAUCUCCAACUAAUUGAGAGAUGUAUCACAGACCGCAUCACUGGACUCAGUUUGUUGGUUAUUGUGAAGAAAGGGGAGUUCUAUUUCUUUGUUGAUGAGGCCACAAAACUCAUUCUGAAAUCAACGACAACCACCAAAGCAGGAGGGAAGUACCAAGGAAUGACAGUGUCGCUGUGGGAUCUGCUCUACUCCAGAUACAUCACUGAGGCUAAGAGGAGAGAGCUGGUUCAGCAGUACAAGUCUGGAGCUAUCACAAUCCACCGCUUUUUGGAGAUCAUCUUGACGAUUAUUCAGCAGCAGACCACCACCACCUCAUCAUCAGUCAUCACAUGUCUGACACCAGAAACAGUGGACGGCAGCACCUCAAAAACCACCAUCACCACCACAGUCAGAGAAACCACAGACAUUGAAAACUUCCAUGGAAUUAGGAAGGAUGUCAGUGCGUCAGAGUUGCUUGAAUCAAAAAUCAUUAAUGAAGAUAUCUACAAAGAUCUUAAUGCAGGAAAUAUCACAGCUGAGCAAGUGAGUCAAAUGUACUCUGUCCGCAAGUACUUGGAGGGGACCAACAGCAUUGCAGGAGUGUACUUGCAGUCGACCAAGGAGACCCUGAGCAUCUAUGAAGCCAAAUCCAGAGGCUUGCUGACCCCUGGUACGUCUCUGGUUCUGCUGGAAGCCCAAGCGGCCACUGGCUUUGUCAUUGACCCAGUCAACAACAUCAAACUUUCAGUUGAAGAUGCUGUGGCCCAGGGAGUGGUUGGCAGCGAGUUGAAAAACAAACUGCUCUCAGCAGAACGAGCAGUCACAGGAUACAGAGACCCUUACACUGAGAAAACUAUCUCUUUGUUCCAGGCCCUGAAAAAAGACCUGAUAGUCAAAGAUCAUGGAAUCCGUCUUCUUGAAGCUCAAAUUGCCACAGGAGGCAUCAUUGACCCAGUAUACAGUCACAGAGUGCCAGUGCAGGUGGCUUACGAAAGAGGCUACUUUGAUGAGGAAAUGAACCAGAUUCUGUCUGACCCAGAUGAUGACACCAAGGGCUUUUUUGAUCCCAACACACAAGAGAACCUCACCUAUCUCCAAUUAACUGAGAGAUGUAUCACAGACCGCAUCACUGGACUCAGUUUGUUGGUUAUUGUGAAGAAAGGGGAGUUCUAUUUCUUUGUUGAUGAGGCCACAAAACUCAUUCUGAAAUCAACGACAACCACCAAAGCAGGAGGGAAGUACCAAGGAAUGACAGUGUCGCUGUGGGAUCUGCUCUACUCCAGAUACAUCACUGAGGCUAAGAGGAGAGAGCUGGUUCAGCAGUACAAGUCUGGAGCUAUCACAAUCCACCGCUUUUUGGAGAUCAUCUUGACGAUUAUUCAGCAGCAGACCACCACCACCUCAUCAUCAGUCAUCACAUGUCUGACACCAGAAACAGUGGACGGCAGCACCUCAAAAACCACCAUCACCACCACAGUCAGAGAAACCACAGACAUUGAAAACUUCCAUGGAAUUAGGAAGGAUGUCAGUGCGUCAGAGUUGCUUGAAUCAAAAAUCAUUAAUGAAGAUAUCUACAAAGAUCUUAAUGCAGGAAAUAUCACAGCUGAGCAAGUGAGUCAAAUGUACUCUGUCCGCAAGUACUUGGAGGGGACCAACAGCAUUGCAGGAGUGUACUUGCAGUCGACCAAGGAGACCCUGAGCAUCUAUGAAGCCAAAUCCAGAGGCUUGCUGACCCCUGGUACGUCUCUGGUUCUGCUGGAAGCCCAAGCGGCCACUGGCUUUGUCAUUGACCCAGUCAACAACAUCAAACUUUCAGUUGAAGAUGCUGUGGCCCAGGGAGUGGUUGGCAGCGAGUUGAAAAACAAACUGCUCUCAGCAGAACGAGCAGUCACAGGAUACAGAGACCCUUACACUGAGAAAACUAUCUCUUUGUUCCAGGCUCUGAAAAAAGACCUGAUAGUCAAAGAUCAUGGAAUCCGUCUUCUUGAAGCUCAAAUUGCUACAGGAGGCAUCAUUGACCCAGUAUACAGUCACAGAGUGCCAGUGCAGGUGGCUUACGAAAGAGGCUACUUUGACGAGGAAAUGAACCAGAUUCUGUCUGACCCAGAUGAUGACACCAAGGGCUUUUUUGAUCCCAACACACAAGAGAACCUCACCUAUCUCCAACUAAUUGAGAGAUGUAUCACAGACCGCAUCACUGGACUCAGUUUGUUGGUUAUUGUGAAGAAAGGGGAGUUCUAUUUCUUUGUUGAUGAGGCCACAAAACUCAUUCUGAAAUCAACGACAACCACCAAAGCAGGAGGGAAGUACCAAGGAAUGACAGUGUCGCUGUGGGAUCUGCUCUACUCCAGAUACAUCACUGAGGCUAAGAGGAGAGAGCUGGUUCAGCAGUACAAAUCUGGAGCUAUCACAAUCCACCGCUUUUUGGAGAUCAGCUUGAUGAUCUUUCAGCAGCAGACCACCACCUCAUCAUCAUCAGCCAUCAUAUGUCUGACACCAGAAACAACAGGCAGCACUUCAAAAACCACCAUCACCACCACAGUAAGAGAGACCACAGACAUUGAAAAUUUCCAUGGCAUAAUUUCCAGCGCAUCCGAGUUGCUUGAAUCAAAAAUCAUCGAUGAAGACAUGUACAAAAAUCUCUCUACAGAAAAAGUCACAGUUCAGCAAGUGAGUCAAAUGUACUCUGUCCACAAAUACUUGGAGGAGACCAACAGCAUUGCAGGAGUGUACUUGCAGUCGACCAAGGAGACCCUGAGCAUCUAUGAAGCCAAAUCCAGAGGCUUGCUGACCCCUGGUACGUCUCUGGUUCUGCUGGAAGCCCAAGCGGCCACUGGCUCUGUCAUUGACCCAGUCAACAACAUCAAACUUUCAGUUGAAGAUGCUGUGGCCCAGGGAGUGGUUGGCAGCGAGUUGAAAAACAAACUGCUCUCAGCAGAACGAGCAGUCACAGGAUACAGAGACCCUUACACCGAUUAAACUAUCUCUUUGUUCCAGGCCCUGAAAAAAGACCUGACAGUCAAAGAUCAUGGAAUCCAUCUUCUUGAAGCCAUUGACCCAGUAUACAGUCACAGAGUGCCAGUGCAGUUGGCUUACGAAAGAGGCUACUUUGAUGAGGAAAUGAACCAGAUUCUGUCUGACCCAGAUGAUGACACCAAGGGCUUUUUUGAUCCCAACACACAAGAGAACCUCACCUAUCUCCAAUUAACUGAGAGAUGUAUCACAGACCGCAUCACUGGACUCAGUUUGUUGGUUAUUGUGAAGAAAGGGGAGUUCUAUUUCUUUGUUGAUGAGGCCACAAAACUCAUUCUGAAAUCAACGACAACCACCAAAGCAGGAGGGAAGUACCAAGGAAUGACAGUGUCGCUGUGGGAUCUGCUCUACUCCAGAUACAUCACUGAGGCUAAGAGGAGAGAGCUGGUUCAGCAGUACAAGUCUGGAGCUAUCACAAUCCACCGCUUUUUGGAGAUCAUCUUGACGAUUAUUCAGCAGCAGACCACCACCACCUCAUCAUCAGUCAUCACAUGUCUGACACCAGAAACAGUGGACGGCAGCACCUCAAAAACCACCAUCACCACCACAGUCAGAGAAACCACAGACAUUGAAAACUUCCAUGGAAUUAGGAAGGAUGUCAGUGCGUCAGAGUUGCUUGAAUCAAAAAUCAUUAAUGAAGAUAUCUACAAAGAUCUUAAUGCAGGAAAUAUCACAGCUGAGCAAGUGAGUCAAAUGUACUCUGUCCGCAAGUACUUGGAGGGGACCAACAGCAUUGCAGGAGUGUACUUGCAGUCGACCAAGGAGACCCUGAGCAUCUAUGAAGCCAAAUCCAGAGGCUUGCUGACCCCUGGUACGUCUCUGGUUCUGCUGGAAGCCCAAGCGGCCACUGGCUUUGUCAUUGACCCAGUCAACAACAUCAAACUUUCAGUUGAAGAUGCUGUGGCCCAGGGAGUGGUUGGCAGCGAGUUGAAAAACAAACUGCUCUCAGCAGAACGAGCAGUCACAGGAUACAGAGACCCUUACACUGAGAAAACUAUCUCUUUGUUCCAGGCUCUGAAAAAAGACCUGAUAGUCAAAGAUCAUGGAAUCCGUCUUCUUGAAGCUCAAAUUGCUACAGGAGGCAUCAUUGACCCAGUAUACAGUCACAGAGUGCCAGUGCAGGUGGCUUACGAAAGAGGCUACUUUGACGAGGAAAUGAACCAGAUUCUGUCUGACCCAGAUGAUGACACCAAGGGCUUUUUUGAUCCCAACACACAAGAGAACCUCACCUAUCUCCAACUAAUUGAGAGAUGUAUCACAGACCGCAUCACUGGACUCAGUUUGUUGGUUAUUGUGAAGAAAGGGGAGUUCUAUUUCUUUGUUGAUGAGGCCACAAAACUCAUUCUGAAAUCAACGACAACCACCAAAGCAGGAGGGAAGUACCAAGGAUUGACAGUGUCGCUGUGGGAUCUGCUCUACUCCAGAUACAUCACUGAGGCUAAGAGGAGAGAGCUGGUUCAGCAGUACAAAUCUGGAGCUAUCACAAUCCACCGCUUUUUGGAGAUCAGCUUGAUGAUCUUUCAGCAGCAGACCACCACCUCAUCAUCAUCAGCCAUCAUAUGUCUGACACCAGAAACAACAGGCAGCACUUCAAAAACCACCAUCACCACCACAGUAAGAGAGACCACAGACAUUGAAAAUUUCCAUGGCAUAAUUUCCAGCGCAUCCGAGUUGCUUGAAUCAAAAAUCAUCGAUGAAGACAUGUACAAAAAUCUCUCUACAGAAAAAGUCACAGUUCAGCAAGUGAGUCAAAUGUACUCUGUCCACAAAUACUUGGAGGAGACCAACAGCAUUGCAGGAGUGUACUUGCAGUCGACCAAGGAGACCCUGAGCAUCUAUGAAGCCAAAUCCAGAGGCUUGCUGACCCCUGGUACGUCUCUGGUUCUGCUGGAAGCCCAAGCGGCCACUGGCUCUGUCAUUGACCCAGUCAACAACAUCAAACUUUCAGUUGAAGAUGCUGUGGCCCAGGGAGUGGUUGGCAGCGAGUUGAAAAACAAACUGCUCUCAGCAGAACGAGCAGUCACAAGAUACAGAGACCCUUACACCGAUUAAACUAUCUCUUUGUUCCAGGCCCUGAAAAAAGACCUGACAGUCAAAGAUCAUGGAAUCCAUCUUCUUGAAGCCAUUGACCCAGUAUACAGUCACAGAGUGCCAGUGCAGUUGGCUUACGAAAGAGGCUACUUUGAUGAGGAAAUGAACCAGAUUCUGUCUGACCCAGAUGAUGACACCAAGGGCUUUUUUGAUCCCAACACACAAGAGAUCCUCACCUAUCUCCAACUAAUAGAGAGGUGUGUCACUGACCCCAUCACUGGACUUAGUUUGCUCCCCUUGCACAAGUAAAGGACAGCUUUAACAUUUGCUCUUGUGCUUUGUUUGCAUCGUUUGACAUCUUAAUCUGUCCCGUGAGCACUAUUUUUUAAGUUGAUUGCACUGAAUACUAGUUGGUGUUUGUGCAUAAUUUUGGAAAAAAACUUUCACAUUUUUCAUUUCUUGUACAUGUGAGAUUUAUUUUGGGAGAAUAUGGAGACACAGCUAUACAUUUACCAGCAACAUAUUUCUUUUGUUUCAUCGCGAAAAGUGAAGAAAUGAUUGAGAACUAAGCACUAAUCUAUGCAUUCAAUCACUUUUAGUUCAAGUUUACCAAACCUGUUUUUGUCGACUGUUGAAAAAAUGUCAUUGAAUAAAUGAACGUGAGAACUAAUUCUUGUUUUUAUU